GCAUGAACGAGAUACCUUACGGCACAUGAGCGAACAGCUCAUUUAUUAUAUGCACGGUCAUAUGUCAACACGACCGCUCACUUCUCAUUCUUUUUGGCAACCUUGAAUCUGAACACCAAAGUAAUCGAUAGAGGGAGAGAAGUAGAAGAGGAAGCAGACAGAGAGACAUAAUUCAAAAUGGACGAUCUCCCAAUUGAGCUCAAUAUCAUCACACUCAACUGCUGGGGACUGCUACACCUGAGCGCAAACCGUGCCGAACGCCUCACAGCCAUCGGUCGUGAACUCGCCGCUGCUGACCCUCCGCCACAUAUCGUUGGAUUACAAGAAUGCUGGACGCAAGAGGACUACCGAAGCAUCCGUCGCGAGACACGAUUUGUACUACCAUUCGGGAAAUUUUACCAUAGUGGCGUUUUUGGCGGCGGCCUCGCCAUACUAUCACGAUGGCCCAUCGAAGAGAGUACUAUGUUUCGCUACCCGCUCAAUGGCCGUCCAACCGCUUUCUAUCGAGGUGACUGGUUCGUCGGUAAAGGCGUUGCCUGUGCUCGCAUUCGGUAUGGAUCGGGCGACCGCGAUAUCGUGGAGGUUUUCAACACACAUACUCACUCCAUUUACGAGCACCCGCCCAACAAGACAAAUAGCUACCUCGUCCACCAGCUUGCCCAGUCCUGGGAGAUGGCGAAGCUGGUCCGUGGCGCCGCCGAACGUGGUCACCUUGCCCUCGCCUUAGGUGACUUCAACGACGUACCUCUAUCGUUAUCGUACCGCAUGUUAACAGCACAUGCGCCUAUUAAGGACGCUUGGCGCGUUCUCAACCCAGACUCAUCUCUCGGUUCUGCCGUACAUGAGCUAGAACGCGCGCGCCGGCGACCUAUCCCAUCUGCCGCAUUUAACCUUGCCGAAAAUGGUGUCACAAGUAACAGCGCCUAUAACACAUGGGCAUGGUCUAAAGCAGAUCAGCGUGCUCUCCGCUCCGGGAAGCGACCCAUGAUCGUCCCUCCAGACACGCCGGAUCCUCGCGGCAAACGUCUUGAUUACAUAUUCUUCUCUCCGCAGGUAGCGAUAGUGCCGAGCUCACCAAUUCCUGGACUCAGCGAAGCGCGAGCUAGUCGCGAUAUUGGCGACAAUGGUCUUAGGAAUAGGGGAUGGGUCGUUAAAGACGUACGUGUAGGCAUGGUCGCACGGCAUCCAGAGCUCGGUUGCUCCCUUAGCGACCAUUUUGCCGUCGAGGCGACUCUACUUCUACACACAUCUACCUCGGCGCCAUCAUCUCACCCCGCAUCUGAUCCCACUUCUCCCAUUUCACCCAAAAGGCCUGGGAGUACACGUUCCAACCGAUCAAACCUUGCUGUCAACGAGCAGUCUAACGGCCACGACCACGCCGCCUCCCUUCUUGCCCUCGAGCACGGUACUUACUUACAAUCACCCACCGGCUCUGAGUACCGUGUUGGCUCUCGUCUCGACUUAAGCACAUCUUACGACGACCAAUUACGCGACAGCGCCCCACGUUCCACCUCCGCCGCCUCUGCCGUCCCCCGUGGUGACGGUCUUCCCUGCAACACCUACGACGAAGUUCUCUCCCUAAUCCACGCCUACACUGCCCGCGAACACACCCAGCGCCGAUGGCGCCUAACCCAUUUCUUUAUCUGGGUAUUCGUCGUCCUCGCCUGCUACGUCGCCGUAUGGUUCGUGCGUCCUUACCAAGGUGUAGCCUUCGCGUUCCUACUUCUCAGCAGCUUAGGUCUUCUAGUCGGAGCCGUAGACGGUCUAAUGGGCCUCCUAUUCUUUGGCUCCGAGAUCCGUGCUCUGAAGGAAUUCGAAUGGGAAAUUAUGAACGCCAAGGCUACAGCUAGUGGUGCACAUGGACUCGCCAGACAACGGCAUGAUGAUGGCGUUGGAGUGGGGGUCGGUGAGGAGGGGGACCGGGAGAAGGCUUGGUAAAAAGUACCUUCUUUUGCUUUUUAAUUUUAUUUGAUUUCAAAGCCGUUUUGCUUUUUACUUUGUACAUACCCACCCAUACCCAUGUUUACAGCCCGGUCGGCUCUUACGGGAUUUUUUUACGUGUCUAUAUGCUUCUUGGGAUGAGAAACGAUAUCUUAAAAUAUCUAUCAACCUACCUACUAUACUUAAUUAUAAUUAACGACCAGUUAUGGGGAUUUGGAGGAUUGGGGGUGGUUAGAUUAUUGGUUAUCAUUCACAUGAGUUUGGUUGUCGAAGGGAAGACAGAUUAUAGGAAAGAGAGAUACCUAGGGAAACUGGCUAAUAACGAUGAUGUUACCAUGGAAUGAUGAAGACAGUACAGAUAUAGGUUUUUUCGGUUGUGGCUUGGUUUGGUGUGUUAGGGAUACUAUUCUAAUAUUAUACCCAUUCGUUUCCCCUACGAUCCUUGAAACAGUGAUUUCCAUCCCGUCC